AUGUACACAAAUUGGGCACCGGAAGCAAAGUUUCCACGCGAACUGGAGACCAAAUUCAGUCAGUUGGAAGGAAGAGUUAGUCAUAUCAUCGGCCACAUCAUCAGGUCUCACCAUCAAGGGCAGGACAAUGCCAAGCUCUCUAGGACGCAACAGACCACGCUGCGAAAAUUUCUUUAUCUGCAGAAGCAACGAGGCUCAGGUUUCUACAAAACAUACAAUUGCGAAAGUAUCGAUGAUUACGACAUCAACGACCGCGCAUUGUUGAAAGAAUACAUGAAUAGAAAGGGAAUUCAACGACCGAUAGAUGUUUGGUUGCAGGCGUUAAGCUCUAUCAUCGACCUCAAGAUGGAUGUGAACGGUGUUUGGAAGAAAAUUCUCAAGUCGAGUACCUAUCCCAGUAUUGCUCACCAUUUCGAGGAACACAUAACUGAGUUUUGGAUGUCAUUCUGUACUCCUUCGAAUACGAAUGAAGAGUUCAUCCUGACCGAUACGGCCUACUCCAUAUACGAAGGACCAACGGACGACUAUCAAGAUGUGAAGACCGGGGAAUGGCUUCGAAUGGGACCGCGUUUCCAUAUGUUUGCGCCUAUCUCCCCCAGAUUGAUGAUUGUUUUGCGCAGCAAGCAUCUUCCCGAGCCACUGGAGGAUAGUAACCCGGAACUAAAGGCCCAUCGGGCAAUGUGGAGACAACUUGAGGUGGAUUUCAUCUACGGAGCGGGCAAAACGUCCAUCUUGGAGGAUCUCCCUGUCCACAAAGCUCUGAAUAAUUAUUCCGAACUCGUUGAUGGAAGAUGGGGAAUGAGAGCUGGCUGGGAUCAGCAGUUGCGUCAAAGCGACACUUUUCAGUUUCCCUUCUUCACAAUUUCUACGCAGCAUGGACGUAUAAUCAACGGACUUCUUCUUGAUCACGCGUUUAAAGGUUCGACAAUCAUCUUCAACCGGAAACGUCCAUUCCUCGACCUCCUUGAAUGGUUCCUUACAGAACCAUGUAACGUCGGUAAGCGGCUCGGAGGAGAGAACUAUGACGAUCAAGAAAAGUACAUCGAGUGGUUGACAGAGUUCGUCCGCGCUGAGGGCCUGCAAAUUACUGUGAAUACGACGCUGCGCCCGACAUGGCACCAUCUUGACAUCGAGAGGUACAGAAAUCGUAACAUCGCUGCUGCGAGGUGGCUUGAGCAGCUUGAAAGAGACCACGGCCAUGUCGACCCAGAUGCAGCAAAACAAGAAGAGGCCCCUUCAAAUCACCCCGAUCCUGGUGUUGAAGGGGUUGACAGCUUGGCACAUGCUGCUGUACGGUGGAUCGAUUCCCUCGGGGAUGAGAAUGUCGAGAUGGACCCAAUCAGAAAUCAACACGAAAAUCUUGAUGAGAAAACUACGGGCCAGUCAUCUGGAGAUAACCUCCUGGCAGAAUCGGAAUUAUGUUCAAUCGAUGUCGAGAGACGCAACAUUCUCGAACGUACAGCAAAGUAUGGAGACGGUUCUCAGGAGGAUGUUCUGAUUGCCGAAAUCUACAGAUUAACUGCCGCCCUAUGGAAAUACCUUGCAAUUGGACCUGACUUGUUAUCGAUUUGGAACAUUGAAGAUAGCACCCUCGAAGAAGCUCAGGUAAUGUUCGGCGUCUGGCAUGUCAAUGCAAGAUUGGAUGAGCGGAAGGAUAUCCCGGCUACCAAUAGACUUGGGAGGCUGUUGGAGAGGUAUCAGUCACAGCAAAAGCCCACUCUGUUCUGGCUAUUUCUGAAGGUCUUUCGAUAUUAUAUACGGCUGCAAGAGCAGACCAUGGCUGCAACUGGUACCCUGUCGAAAGACUGGGACUGGGAGGGACCCGAAGAUGAGGUUCUAGAAGGUAAAAUCACCGAUAUCUUCCUGACAUCGCUUGAGAUAUUGACUUUGAGUAGCGAGGCCUACAUUGGAGACUUAUACUGUGAAUGCUGA